AUGAGCAAGCUGAACUACGAAAAUGGAAAGCCGCACAUUGAUGCAGGCGUUGUGAAUUACUUCAAGGGAAUUCGGGAGGAAUUCCCCUUCUUCAAGAGGGAAAACUGCCCCGCGUACUUCGACAGUGCGGCCACAACGCAAAAGCCGGAAUGUGUGAUAAAGAAACUGACCCAGUUUUAUGCCAGCGAGAAUGCCAACAUCCACCGAGGGAUUUAUAAAUUGAGCCUGGACGCGACGAACAGCUACGAACAAGUGAGGAAGAAGAUAAAAAACUACAUCAACUGCGAAAGGGAGGAUGAAAUUGUAUUCACGAGCGGCACGACCCACGGGCUGAACCUCAUUUGUAGCAUGUUGAUGGACAAAGUAAUACAAAAAAAGAAAGACGAAAUAUACCUGACGUACCUGGAACACCACUCCAAUCUGGUUCCCUGGCAAGAACAAGUAAAGAGAAAAAAAAAAGGAAAAAUCAAAUACAUCCCUCUAAAGAGUACCGGCUACAUUAACAUUAACAAGUUACGAAAAAGGAUUAACAAAAACACCAAAGUGAUUUCAAUAAGUCAUGUAUCAAAUGUGUUAGGAAAUGUUCAAAAAUUGUCUCGAAUUAUAAGGGCAGUAAGGGAGGUAAACAAAAAUAUAAUUAUCAUUGUAGACGCUGCGCAAAGUUUUGCACACAUAAAAUAUGACCUCAAACGGAUGGAAGAAAAUAAUUCUUGUCCUGAUGUGCUAAUCGCAUCGGGACAUAAAUUCUGUGCACCUUUGGGCUGUGGUUUUAUUUACUUAAAAAACACCUUAACAUGUUCAUACAAAUUUAACCCACUUUUGUACGGAAGCAACAUGAUAACAACUGUUGGUAAAUAUGAAUCAGAGUUUGUGUCCUCUCCACAUCUUUUCGAGUCUGGCACACAGAACAUCGCGGGGAUCAUUUCCAUGGGGGUCGCCAUUGACUUUGUGAACAAGAUCAACAAGAGCCUUCUUUGCCGUUACGAGAUGUACCUGUACGAUACUCUCAUUUAUUAUUUGGGUCAGCAUUUGCAGCGUGGUUUGGUGCAGCUCCCUGGGGGGGAAGAGAUAGACGUGAUUAGCGGUAUCCUUCCUGACCAAAGCAGCGAGAAGGAUCAGUGUAGACUGUACAUCCACAACAGCCGAAAGGGCAAAGGAAAAAAAGUACCCAUACUACCCCUGUGGUCAGACCAGUUUACCUCCUUCGACUUGGUAACCUUCCUGGACUUCAAAAAUGUGUGCAUCCGGUCUGGUCACCACUGCGCUUCCCUAGUGCUCAAGGAGUUCUUGCGCAUACCCGAUUGCGCACGCGUUUCCCUUUUUUUUUAUAACACACCCGAGGAGGUUCAGUACCUGGCUGAGCAGAUCGCGUCCGUUGCGCGAAUGCUGAGUGGGAUGAGAGGGGGUGGAGCGGCCACGUAG